GUGAACGCACCACGGUAUCAGCGUUUCAAACCUGGCGCGUGCUUCCUCUGAUCUGUCUCGCGGGUGCGGAGCAGCGAACUUCGUCCGUCCGGAGGAGUGCGGCCCCCUGUCCGCCGCUGGGACUGCACACGCACGGCAGGACUCAAAUGUCAAGAAUGGAGGAGUCGCUCUGGCUCUGGCAGAGCGACUGCAGAGGAAGCGGGCUGCAGGUUGUUUGAAGGGCGGAAAAAAAAAGAAAAGAAGCCUGUGCUCCUCCUCCUUCCUGCCCGUGUGCCCUUCCUCUGGAGGAAAAGGGGCAGACGCUGCGCUCUGUGGCGGGGAGACGGUGCAUCAUCACCCGAGCGCUCUGCCAAAUCUGAGAAAACCUUUUUCAAACGGCGCCGCCGCAUCCUGAGGCUUCCUGGAGUUUGGGCAGCUGAGCGGAGGAAGCAUGUCGCCGUUCCUGCGGAUCGGCUUCUCCAACUUUGAGAUCGAUCCGGGUUUGGCCUACUACGAGGAGGUGCUGAAUCCUUACUGCGCCGUGUACAUGAAGGAGGCCAUCGAAACCGAGAAAGGUCAAAUUUACAAGCAGAAGAAGCCGACCAUGUACCCGCCGUGGAGCACCACCUUCGACGCGCACGUGCACCGCGGGCGCAUCAUGCACGUGAUGGUGAAGGACCGCACGGCGGAGCUGAAGUCGGAGGCCACGGUGCCGCUGGACUCGCUGGCGACGCGAUGCAAGAAGGAGAACGGGAAGCUGGAGAUCUGGCUGGAGAUGAAGCCUCAGGGUCGUCUGCUGAUGGAGGCGCGAUAUUUUCUGGAGAAGAGCGACACUGCGGCUCCAACCGAGCCCGACCAGGAGGCGGAGCAACAGCGAGAAGGUCUGUUCACGCUCCACCAGCGGCGCGGCGCCAUCAAACAGGCCAAAGUCCACGUGGUGAAGUGCCACGAGUUCAGCGCCACCUUCUUCCCCCAGCCCACCUUCUGCUCCGUCUGCAAAGAGUUCGUCUGGGGUCUCAACAAGCAGGGCUACCAGUGCAGACAAUGUAACGCCGCGAUCCACAAGAAAUGCAUCGACAAGGUCAUCGCCAAGUGCACGGGGUCCGCCGUCAACAGCAAGGAGACCAUGAUCCACAAAGAGCGCUUCAAGAUCGACAUGCCGCACAGGUUCAAGGUGUACAACUACAAGAGCCCCACCUUCUGCGAACACUGCGGCACGCUGCUGUGGGGGCUCGCCAAGCAGGGCCUGAAAUGUGAGGAAUGCAGCAUGAACGUCCACCACAAAUGCCAGAAGAAAGUGGCCAACCUGUGUGGGGUCAACCAGAAGCUGAUGGCCGAAGCUCUGGCCGUCAUCGAGAUCAAACAGCAGGCGAAAAGCGGCAGAGAGAGUGAGGUCACCGGGCGGGAGGGCCCGGUCGGUAUCGGUCAGCCGGGCGUGGUCCGAGCGCCGUCCGGGUUGGUUAUGGGUCUACCGGCCACGGCGACGCCCGCCACCAAAGAUGUGCAGGGCGUCUCGUGGGAAGGACCGGCCCCGGAGGCGGAGCCAGAAGAGCCGCUGUACGCCGUUCCCAAGAAGGACCAUCAGCUCAGAUUCACCAUCGAGGACUUCGUCCUCCACAAGAUGCUCGGCAAAGGCAGCUUUGGAAAGGUGUUUCUGGCCGAGCUGAAGCGGAGCGGCACGUUUUUUGCGAUCAAAGCUCUGAAGAAAGACGUGGUCCUGAUGGACGACGACGUGGAGUGCACCAUGGUGGAGCGGAGGGUUCUGUCUCUGGCCUGGGAGAAUCCCUUCCUCACACAUCUGUACUGCACCUUCCAGACCAAGGAAAACCUGUUCUUUGUUAUGGAGUAUCUGAACGGAGGAGAUCUCAUGUUCCACAUUCAGAGCUGCCACAAGUUUGAUCUGCACAGAGCCACCUUCUACGCUGCAGAGAUCAUCUGUGGGCUCCAGUUCCUCCACUCCAAAGGCAUCAUCUACAGAGAUCUGAAGCUGGACAACGUGCUGCUGGACUCAGACGGCCACAUCAAGAUCGCAGACUUCGGGAUGUGCAAGGAGAACAUGCAGGACCCCUCCCGAACCUCCACCUUCUGCGGGACGCCGGACUACAUCGCGCCUGAAAUCCUGCUGGGUCAGAGGUACAACAGCUCCGUGGACUGGUGGUCGUUCGGCGUGCUGCUGUACGAGAUGCUGAUCGGUCAGUCGCCGUUCCACGGCCGCGACGAGGAGGAGCUGUUCCAGUCCAUACGGACGGACACGCCCGUUUACCCCCACUGGCUCACCAAGCCGUCCAAAGACCUUCUGGUGAAGCUGUUUGUCAGAGAACCGGAGGAGCGACUCGGCAUGAAGGGGAACAUCCGGCAGCACAGCUUCUUCAGCGCCACCGACUGGGACGCCCUGGAGCAGCGCAAGGUGGCGCCGCCCUUCAGGCCAACUCUGACGUCGCCCAGCGACUGCAGCAACUUCGACAAAGAGUUCCUGAACGAGAAGCCGCGGCUCUCCUGCGCCGACCGCACGCUCAUCAACAGCGUGGACCAGACCAUGUUCAGGAACUUCUCCUUCGUCAAUCCCGGGAUGACUCGCGUGGCGGCGCGCUGAGCGCCAGCGGACUGGAACGCGGUUCAUCUACGGUAGUUUUUAGAAACCCAACCAACCUGUAAACUCCUCUCAGACGUUGAGACUGUACAUAUCUGUAUUUUUGUGGUGUAGUGACCUGUGAAAACCGUUUACACUCAUUUCAUCCAGACUUCUGAACAAUAAAACCUUCACUCGAGUGA